AUGCCCCUCCGGCGCCUCCUAGGCCUCUCCGGCCGCCUCCGCCGCUCCCUCUCCACCGUCUCCUCCUCGCACCUACCGUGCCACCACACCCUCUCCACCGCCGCCUCCUCGGACCCACCGUGCCCCGCCCUCUCCACCGACGCCGCCUCCUCGAACCCGCCGCGGCGCCGCACCAUCUCCACCGCCGCCUCCACGCUCCCACCAUGGGUCAUCAUCGACAGCACGUCGCCCGUCGACGAACCGUCGUCGGCGCCGAGCGCGCGUCUCCGCCCCGUCGACCCUCCGUGCGUCUCCAGCAUCUCCGUCCCGGCGCACCUCAUCAACGCCAGGGAACGCCCCGCCGCCGACAGCAACGUCGUCCAAGUCCUCGGCGGCAGCGUCGACGCCGCCAGCGCCGACGGCCACCUCCUCCUCACCUACUACGACAUCCUCGGGCCCGAGGAUCCCCGCGAGUCCUGGAACCUCACCGCCGACAUGGAGGCCGAGCGCUGCAUCUGCAACCCCAUCACCGGCCAGCUGCUCCGCCUCCCGUACCCCGACGGGUCCAGGAAGAGGCUGGAGUACCACCACAUGGGCCUCCUCACCAAAGCAGGCGGCGGCGGCGGCGGGGACGCGCCUCACCGGUUCGCCGUCGCCGAAAUCGUGCACCAGCGUGACCGCGUCAUCGACCGGUUCCUCCCGGAGAUUGGCCGGUGGGAGUUGGUGCUUGGCCUGCCGUGCAAGCCGCCGCUCAAGUGGGAGAUGGAGAUGAACCAGGAGACGGUGGCCUUCGGCGACAGGCUCUGGUGGGUCGACCUCACCCGCGGCGCCAUCUCCGUCGACCCCUUCAGCUACCGGCCGGAGUUCCGUUUCGUCGAGCUGCCGGAGGGCAGCAGCCUCACGGACUUCCUCGCACAGUUCAAAGAAGCCCCCACCGCGACGUUCAUGAAGGAGAUGGGCAAGUACCGGCGCAUCGGCGUCAGCGAGGGGAGGCUGCGCUACAUUGAGGCUUCUCUUCACGACCCGUUCCUGCUCAGCUCGUUUGUGCUCGACGACGAGGGCAGGAGCUGGACGCUGGAGCGCCAGGUGGAGCUCAGGCAGGUCUUGGAGGAUGGAGGCCACCCGUGCGAAGAGGGGAAGAGGCCGCCGCAGAUUGCCGUCAUCGACCCGCUCAACGCCGAUACCAUCUACAUCACCGUCGGCGAGCAGAAGCACAUCGUCGCCGUGGACAUUUACCAAGGCAAGGUGAUCGCGAGCUCUCCGCUUCAAGACGGAUACCAUUCGCUUGUACCAUGCGUGCUUUCACCGUCGCUUGGAUCAAGCCAGAUCCCUACCUUCGGCAGGAACCCUCUCCAUGACUUCAAAAUGGCCACUGGGCCAUCAUCAACGCCAUUUUAG